CCACACAUCUUCUUCGGCCACGUGACUCAUACUUGGAGUUGGUGACGUCGCAGAACAACAAAGAUGGCUGGAAUAGGAAGCAGCAACUACUGGGAAGAUCUGCGAAAGCAGGCUAGACAGUUGGAGAAUGAACUUGACCUAAAACUGGUCUCCUUCAGUAAACUUUGUACCAGCUAUAGCAGCUCCAGGGAUGGACGUCGAGGAGACACUUCAGACACCACUCCACUUCUAAAUAACUCCACCCAGGACAGGAUGUUUGACACUAUGUCAGUGGAGAUUGAACAGCUGCUGGCCAAACUGACAACGGUGAACGAUAAGAUGGCUGAGUACACGAACACACCUGGCUCAGCUUCUCUCAAUGCUGCACUAAUGCAUACUCUGCAGAGACACAGAGACAUUCUACAGGAUUACACACACGAGUUCCAUAAAACCAAAGGCAACUUUAUGGCCGUCAGAGAAAGAGAAGACCUUCUGGGGUCUGUGAGGAAAGACAUAGAGACAUACAAGAGUGGCUCUGGGGUCAACAACAGAAGAACGGAGCUGUUUCUGAAGGAGCAUGAGCACUUGAGAAACUCAGACCGACUGAUGGAUGACACAAUAAGCAUUGCCAUGGCGACCAAGGAGAAUAUGACUUCUCAAAGGGGCAUGUUGAAAUCCAUACAGAGCAGGGUCAACACGCUGGCCAAUCGUUUCCCAGCUAUUAACAAUCUCAUCCAGCGAAUCAACCUGCGGAAGAGAAGAGACUCUCUCAUCCUCGGCGCUGUGAUCGGCAUCUGCACCAUUCUCAUUCUCCUCUAUGCUUUUCACUGAAAACCUCACCAGAUGAGUAUGUUAAAGACGCAAGAUUCAUCUGACCUUUGUAGUGUGGGAACCCCCAGAGUCUGAGCUCACUGAUUGGAGAACCCUGGAAGUUCCAGAGGAGAGGGACAUUCAGUUGGUCCAGUUGUGGGACAAGAUAAAAUAUGGUCCAUCAUGUUUUAAUGAGCCUACAUAUAACAGUGGGACAGAUGGAGAUUUGAAGGUCGGAUGUUCUCCUGCCAACAAGGGAAUGGAGACCAAACGUACAUAUAAGACCAUAUUUUUAAAAGAAGAUAUAGUUAUAUCGAAGUAACUUGGAGAGGAACUCCGAGCAGUUGAAAGUAGAAGAAGGCUGUAAGGUUGUGAUAAUUUUUUUUCUUUUUUCCCACAGAUGGAAGAUAUUUGUUUUUUCCUUACUGGAUUAGUUCUUUCUAAUUGAUGGAAUGGGAUUGAUCGUUCAUUGUGAUCUAUAAAAUGUGAAUUAAUAAAUUAUUGAUAUAAGUAUGUGUAAAAAAAUAUGUGACACUUGUAAAUUUAAAUUUCAUUUAAAGCAGUUUAUAUUCAAAAUAUAAUCUGAACAUCAAAUUUUUGAGAAAGUUUUACCACCAGAAUCCUAAAACAGGGGUCCCUAAUCCAUCUUUUUUUUCUUUAUUUAUUUUUUUAAUUCUCCAAUUUUGCAGGACCGGGUCACAAUCACAACAGUUUGAGCAGUUUUUAUAACAUUAUGUCUCCAACCACAUCUUCCCAAGCUAGUUGGUAAAUUAAAUCCCUUCAGCGAAUCCUGCUGGUGGAAAAUGAGACAUCAUGACCAUCUGAACUACACUCUCCUGAUUCAUAAAUCUAGUGUAUCACUGUUUGACUCCCAAAAUCAUCAUCUUUUAUUUUAAAUUUGAUAUCAGGAGAGGAUAUCUAGGACACUAAACCCCAUUAAAUUAAAAAAAAAAAAAAAAAUUAUUUUAGUAUUUACCAAGAAUCUUAUGCCUCUAUGGAGACUGAUUUCAGCAGCUAAUUCACAUCACUUUAUAUUUAGGGAUAAAUGACCGAAUCACUUUGCUGAAAAUACUGAGAUACAGCUGUUCUAAUUAUUGUAUAAUCAUUAAAAUAAUGCAUGCUUUCGUCACAUGACUAAGUACACUCGUAUCUGAAGGAAUAAAUGGUUAGGACUAUACACUUAAAAGAAGUAAAUCUACUGCAACAUCAACCUUUGUGAGGUGCAGUUUUAAAGCCUGAGUUAAGCAUUUUGGCAGUCGCCAAUUUGGUUAUUUUGGAGUCAGAACUGACCACAUUUGGACAAGAUCAUGGAGGAUAAAGUUACAGCAAUAUGUAUCCUUAGAGGCUCAAUAUGUAUUUAAUUGUGUAAAUAUGUUCAGAAGGGCUAAACCUUGACACCUUCAUGACUUUCAGCUUCAUUUACACAAGUGCAUUUAAUUUGAUAAACAUAAACAACCUUUUCAUCCGAUCUCCAUGUUUUUAAUUUAAAACUGAACAUUUUGGAAAAGCACUUUGCAUGGUGACAUUUCACUUAUUUUCACAUUUUACAUGUUUGCACAUAAAUGUGUAGUUGUGAGUCAACUGUAUUAAGAGACAGAGGCCAUAUAGAGUACACAGAAUAAUAGAAUCGGAUGUCAACAGUCUGUUGAACCUUGAGUUGAAGGGACAACUUUAAGAGCAAAGCAGUUUUCUGUUGAAGAAUGGUGUGAGAAUUUGUGUAUGGCCAGUGAAUCAUUGUUGCACUUGACUGAGCUGCUUCAUCUGAUCAUUAAGUUUUUGAAUAAGAUUCUGCUGAAGUCAUUAGUUUUGGAGCCAGCACCGAUAGAGGCUAAAAAUGCUGUUGCACUUUAGGGGACUCACACAUUGGUUUCCCUUUAGUCAGCAAGCUUAUCUCCAUCUUUCACUUUCAGCCUGUGGUUAAAGCACAGCCAAAUACAAAAUAAGUAAUGUGAGUUCAGUUGGACUAUCACACAGCAGCUAUGGGCCUUGAUGAGUCCUGAGCUGUCACACACUAAUCACUGUUAUGACCUCAAAGUCAUUUAAAACAGGCUUCUUGUCUGAUUCUUUUUAAAAGUAUGCUGCAAUGUCAUCUGUUACAACCCAUUCCUUUUUGUGCACCAUUGUGCACAAGAAAUCUUCGAAAAGAAAUCUUAAACAUAACAAAGCUGUGUGAUUGCUGUUUGGCAUAGUAAGCUUGUCUUCACACUUCAUAGCGAUGUGUACUCAGCAGGAGUUAUGUGUUAUUUGAUUUUGAUCCAUUUAAAUUACAGAAGGGUGUGUGUCUAAAGGUGGGAAGUAGUGUGUUUAACUCAGAGGGGAAUGACUGCAGAUGGGGUUAAACUUGUUCGAUUACACUGUUUGUCUGUGGAAAAACUGUUUGAAAGCAAGGAGGCUUUGUGAGAAACAUCAAUAAGCUUUUUUUCCCACUGCCAUAGGGUGUUAGUUGACCGGAAUCCAAAUAAAAUAGACCUACUUCAAUAGACUACAAAGGAUAAAUUUAGUCUGAUACCCUUGUUUUUUUUUUUUCUUUCUUCUGUGAUUUCUUUCCCACAAAGAAAAAAGCUUUAUUGUUCAGGCUGGUUUUAACAUUUUGAAAAGGGUCUCUCUUUUUAACAGCUGUCAGAAAACAGCAUGCCAUUAUUCCCAGAUUAUUUUAUUGCCUGUUGGAAGGAAAUCUUGCAUUGGAAUUUAAAUAUGGGUGAAAUGUUGCUUGACAGUUUCAGGAGACUGCAGAGGUGUGACUCCUGAAUAUUUCAGCCACUAAAACUGACCAUCGGCCACGCAGAACCAAGUGCCACAUCCUGUCAUGGAAAGUUUUCCACUUCCCAUGUUUAUCUAAAGCAGCUGGGGUGUACGAUGAGUCUGGAUUGCUGCGCAUAAACUAAUAUUUAAAACAAUUUUUUUUACCCCAAAAUACUAAAAUGACCCAUCACUGCUCUGCUAGCAUAAUGUCCCCCAUCACCUGUCUUAGGAAAUAUUUACUAGUCAGUUAAAAUUCUGUUUGUGGUCAAAGCUAAGCAUUGUCAAGCUUUGUGUUCACAGAAUAUUGCAUUUGUAUCUGAAACCCUGCAACAACUUUAUGUGCUAGGGUGGGGAAUAUUCAGGAUGGCAUGUAGUCACACCUUUCUGCAUGGGUGAAGAAAGCUGGCUUUAAAACUGGACAACCUGCCACCACCACCCCUACCCCCAUGCAGGCUACACUCUGGUGCUAUUGCCAUGAUAAAUGGUGUUUGUGUUCCCUCCAGCCCAGUUGUGUAUCAUGAGCAGCUGCAAGUACAGGGUUCAGAUGUAAUAAAAAAAAAAACCGGCCAUGCAACAUAGCA